AUGUCUACUCGAAAAGUCCUCAUAACUGGUUGUUCGGAUGGCGGUCUAGGGGCGGCUCUUGCGAUCGCCUUCCAUGAAGCUGGUCUGGAAGUAUACGCCACAGCACGAGACCCUUCGAAGAUGUCAGAGAUGACAUCGCAAGGCAUUAAGACACUUCGCUUAGAUGUGCAGUCGGAGAGUUCAAUUGCGGAGUGUCUUAGCCACGUGCCCGAACUAGAUAUCCUAGUCAACAAUGCCGGUGGUGGCUACGGUAUGCCAGUGUCCGACAUUCCAAUCUCAGAGGCCAAGAAAAUAUUCGACCUGAACGUCUGGUCCCCCUUGGCAGUCACCCAAGCGUUCCUGCCGUUGCUGCUGAAAUCAAAGGGAAUGAUUGUCAACCACACGUCAUGUGCCUCCUUUUGCCCAGGGCCAUUUCAAUCUGUAUACAAUGCCUCAAAGGCUGCAUUUGCAUCAUUUUCGGAUGCAGAGCGACUGGAACUCAAGCCCUUUGGUAUCAGGGUUGUGGACCUCAAAACAGGCGUUGUCGAAUCGAAUUUCCAAAAGAAUCAACGAAAGGAGGACACAGCUUCUUUGCCAGCCGGAUCGAUCUAUGAAAAGGCGAAGGGAGUGGUAGAGCGCACGAUUCGGGGAACCAUUGUCGAGGGUGCUGGUAUGUCUUCCCAGCAAUGGGCAAAACUGGUCGUGAUGGACCUUCUAAACAGCAGCGCCCCUAAUGUUUGGAGGGGCAACCAAGCUUGGCUGGUACGGUUUGGGAGUAUGCUACCAUUCGGUACACUUGAUAGCAUGUUCAGGAACAUGGCGGGGCUGGAUGAAGUCGAACGAUUGGUACAGAAGCCAGAUGUAUAA